AUGGAUUCUCAGACACCAACGGAUGCGUACUUCACCAAUCUAUUACAAGGGGGAUCCAACCUUUUAGGUGAAUUUAUGAUGAAAUCUCCAAAUCAAAUGGGUCAAUGUUCAAGCCAACAUGGUGAAGUGGCUGGGCAAGAGUCUCCAUUGUCACCCCAAAUAGAAUCCACCACAAAGAAAUCACAACAUGGUGGCAACUUCAGUAUAGAAGAAGACAAUCUCCUUGUAUCGGCAUGGCUCAAUACAAGUUUGGAUGCAAUACACGAAAAUGAGCAAAAGCACAAGACAUAUUGGAACAGAGUUUGGGAGUAUUUCCACAAGUACAAGACUUUUACUUCUGAACGUAAUCAGAAUUCUUUAAUGAAUCGGUGGUCAACUAUUCAACUUGGAACCAAUAAGUUUUGUGGGUUCUUUGCUCAAAUUGAAUCAAUGCAUCAAAGUGGAGUAAAUGAGCAAGACAAGAUUGGGAAGGCCAAACUUAUGUAUCAGGAAUUCCAAAAAGCAUCAUUUCCUUUUGAACAUUGUUGGAAUGUGUUGAGGUACCAACCAAAAUGGUUAGAGGAAUGUGAGAAGAAAAAACCGAAAAAAAAAAAAACAUCAACAACAUCUUCUCCUUUUGCUCCAGAGGCGAUAAAUCGAGCAAAGGAUAAUGUCUCACAUGAUGCUUAUGUAGACUUGGAGAGGCCACUAGGUAGGAAGGCUGAAAAAGAGCAACGAAAGAGUAAAGAUUCAGCUGGUUCAAAUUAUGCAGGGAUAUUGAAUGGGAUAAUGGAAGACAAAAAGAAAGCAAAUGACAAGAAAAUGGAAAUCCUUGAGAAAGCGUGUCUUCAAGAGCAAGAGCAGAAUCGUAUUAACCAAGAGCUUGAGCAAGAGAGAAUUCGAAUUAUGAAAGAGGAAAUCCAAGAGCGAUUUCGUAUUAAACAAGAAAAGAUUCGAGCAGAACAAUUGAAAGAAGAGGAGAGAAUUAUAAUGAUGGAUACUAAUGGUUUGUCUCCAAUGCAACAACAAUAUUAUCUUCACCGCCAAAUGGAAAUUCUUGAAAGUCAAAGGAGUACUAAAUAG